GACCUCUUUCCAAUAGGGAAGUUCCUGAGAAUGAAGAAGACUCUUCUGAAACAUCGAUGGGUCCUCUCCCCGGCGAUUACAGCCCCAUUCCAGAGGAUUCUCAGGCUGAAGAGAUGACAGUAGAGGAGGCUGAAACGACACAAGAGCUACAGUUCAGCAGUUUUACAGCAAAGGACUUUCGCCGGAUUAAGGUUUUAGGCAGAGGAAGCUUCGGCAAGGUUCUACUAGUAGAGUAUCUUCCAGCAAACAUCUAUUGCGCUAUUAAAGUGCUCAAGAAGGACAACAUUGACUCCACUGAUGAUAUAGAACACAUUUUAACAGAGAAGCAAAUUGGACAGUUGGUGAAUCCACACAGUUUUAUAGUGGACUUAUACGCCACAUUCAGCACCAAAAACCAGCUGUUUUUCAUCAUGGAGUUUGUGGCAGGAGGCAGUUUAAGAACCCACCUGAUGAGGAGCCAGCACUUUGAUCUACAGACAACCAAGUAAGUAUAAAUGACAGUAGGUGGAUAUUUGUCCCAGAGUUA